AAUAUUUUAAUUACUAUGGCUUUCUAAUAAGUCUUGGUAAGUGUAGCACACAUGUCCAAAUUUGUCCCCCCUCUGCCCCAAAUUUGGGGAGCCCCAAACAAGACCUUCCCACUUCCCCUCCGGAAGGUAGAGGGGAGACACUCAGGUAGGAAGAGGCCCAGCAGACACCUGCGUCCGGCGCGGCCUACGUGCGCCCGGAGGGGCAGCACGGCCAACGCGCUUGCGCAGCCUGAAGGCUGUCAUUGGAUGGAGCUUGGCGCAGGGAGUUGACGUCACUUCCGAGGCGGAGGACGCGGUUGACUGACCCAUGGUCUCUGCGGCUCCCAGGAAGAGCUCGCUGACGGCGAGGGCCAUGGACUUUGUCACCUCUACGGCCGCCCUGUCCCUGCUGUUGGGCUGCGUGGGCAUCUUCAGCCUCUGCUUCCAGCUGCUGCAGCGCACGCGGAUGAAGGCCCGCCUCCAGGGCGCCGUGGUGGUCAUCACGGGCGCGACCUCGGGCCUGGGGCGAGAAUGCGCCAAGGUCUUCCACGCUGUGGGCGCCAAGCUGGUGCUCUGCGGCCGGAACAGAGAGGCCCUGGAGCAGCUCGCCAAAGAACUCGCCGCUUCUCGGGCCUCCGAGGUGCAGACACACACGCCUUCCUUGGUGACCUUCGACCUGGCAGACACCGGGGCCACCGUCGCGGCCGCAGCUGAGAUCCUGCAGUGCUUCGGCCACGUGGACGUGCUCAUCAACAACGCGGGGGUGAGCUAUCGCGGCGCCGUCCUGGACACGCCCGUGGCCGUGGACAAGAGGGUCAUGGAGACGAACUACUUCGGCCCCGUUGCUCUGACGAAAGCGCUCCUGCCCUCCAUGGUCCAGCGGCGGCGGGGCCACGUGGUCGCCAUCAGCAGCGUGCAGGGCAAGAUCAGCGUGCCCUUCCGGUCCGCAUAUGCAGCCUCCAAACAUGCAACCCAGGCCUUCUGUGACUGUCUGCGCGCAGAGCUGGAGCAGCACGGGGUCGCGGUGACUGUGCUCAGCCCUGGCUACAUCCGCACCAACCUCUCCCUCAACGCCAUCGCCGCCGACGGCUCCAGACAUGGAGUUAUGGACGAGACCACAGCCCAGGGCCGAGUGCCUGCGGACGUGGCCCGAGACGUCCUGGCUGCCGUGGGGAAGAAGAAGAAGGACGUGGUCCUGGCCAGCCUGGUGCCUUCCCUGGCCAUCUACCUGCGAACGCUGGCCCCCGCGCUCUUCUUCCGCCUCAUGGCCUCGCGGGCCCGGAAGGAGCAGAAGCCCAAGGACUCCUAGUGCCAGCAGGCUGCUGUCCGGGUCUUGUUCGGCCGGAGGCUGGGGGCACGCUUCCCCUGCAGAGCCCUGGCCGCCUGCUGGGCGAGACCGGCACACAGCAGCCACAGGCCCCCGCCGCGAGGCCAGCCCUGAGGAGUAACGAGCUGGGUUUUAACGCUGAGAACAUGAAAUAAAUGAGUGGACACACGA